AUGGAUUUAAACAACAUUGGUGAGGCAGAGGAUAGGAUUAGCGAAUUACCCGACUCACUUCUUCAUCGUAUCCUCUCUUUUCUUGAUAACAAGGAGGUUGCUUGUACUUCUGUUCUAUCUAAAAGAUGGAGUCACAUUUGGACCUCUAUCCCCACUCUUGUUUUCCCCAACUUGUAUCAUAAAUCCGAAAUCAAUAAGUUCAUGGAUUUUGUGGAUAGAACAUUGCGUCUUCGUGAUGCAUCAUCAAAUAUUCAGAAGAUCCAUAUUUACAUGAAACAGCACUUCAAUGCAUCUAGGGUUCACUCAUGGAUCUCUAAUAUAACAGGGCGUAAUGUUGAAAAGCUUGAUCUCUGGUUAAAUCAAAGGGAACCUUUUCUUAUUCCUUCGUCUCUUUUUACAUGUGAAUCAUUGAUUACGUUUGAGCUGAUUGCAUACUUUAUCCCUUUAUCUAUUCCUAAAAGUUUCUCUUUACCAAAACUCAAGAGCCUUACACUUUGUGGAUUCCAUUUUAUUGAUGAUUGCUGGAAUCAGCAACACAUAUCUAAUUGCCCUGUCCUUGAAAAUUUGAUUUUGGAUUUGAAUUGGUUUGGUGUGAGGAAUUUUUGCAUCUCAACUCCUGUACUGAAGUACCUUGAAAUUGAUCACGGUGUCAUAGAGGAUGAUGAUGGUUUACAAAACUGUGUCCUCAAAAUUAAUGCCCCAAAUCUAGCGUCACUUACCUAUCGUGGUUGUGUGGCAAAGGAGUAUGUUCUUUCCAGCUUUCAGUCACUAGAAUCUGCAGAAGUUUGGCUGUGA